UAAUACUUCGGUACUCUACAUAAUCCGAUCAUCCAUUUAAAAGAUUCGUUAAUCGGAAAAAGCUUUGUUCCAGUACUUCCUUCUACAAAAUGGACCUAAAUCAACUCAGCGAUGAGCAGAAAACCAUUUUCAAACAGUUCCGUGAGGCGACUAAAGAUUGCAAAUUACCGGAACCUGACGACACUUAUCUUUUGAGAUGGCUCGUAGCGCGUGAUUUUGAUUUGGUCAAAUCUGAAAAAAUGCUCCGAAAUUCGCUGGAUUGGCGCCACAAAAAUAAAAUCGACUUAUUGAUAGAUAGCUAUCAGUCACCGGAAGUGUUGACGAAAUACUUUUCUUCCGGGCACUUGGGGGUGGAUAAGUUUAAAAGUUACUUGAUUCUUUUCCGAUUCGGAAUUUCAGACAUUAAAGGAAUUCUGCAUUCAUCCAAGAAGAAAGAUUGUGUAUUGCACAUAACUCAAAUCCUCGAAAAAAAUUUCUUAAUGGUUAGAAACGAUCCAUCGAAGUACAAGCGUUCACCCGAUGCAAUUGCCCAGACAUGUGCUAUUAUAGACUUGGAAGGAUUCUCCAUGAGCCACGUCACGUAUAAACCCGUGAUAGAUGCGGUCAUUCAGUGUAUCCAGAUGUACGAAGCCAACUACCCGGAAUUGCUCCGGCGUGUUUUUAUAAUCAAUGCGCCCAAGAUUUUUUCAAUUCUCUAUUCCAUCGUGACACCUUUUAUGCACCAACGAACGAGGGAUAAAAUUCAAGUCUACGGCCACGAUUCCAAGCAAUGGAAGGCGGCCCUUCUGGCAGACAUUGAUCCCGAUCAGCUUCCUGCUUCUUACGGAGGAACUAUGACCGAUCCUGAUGGAAACCCAAACUGCAUAACUAAGGCCAACAUGGGCGGAGUAGUUCCGAAAUCUUAUUAUUUCAGCGGCAAUAAACCAGACGUUGGAAACAAAAAAUCCUUGUCGAUCUCAAGAGGAUCAAAAGAACAACUGGAAUUCCAAGUGAAAGAAGCAUCUACUAUUUUAAAGUGGGAUUUCCAUUCAGAAGAGAGCGAUAUCGGCUUUGCAGUUUAUCUUAAAGAAGGAAGCGAAUUAAUUCCAGUUGUUCCACCUGAACGUGUGGAUUGUCACAUGUCAGCGGAAGAGGGAGAAAUCCCUUGUGACUCUACCGGUGUUUAUGUCGUCGAAUUCGACAACAGCUUUAGCUACCUGCGCUCGAAGAAGAUUUGGUAUUCGAUUACGAUUGAAUCGUCGAAACCAGUUUGUCAGAAUGACAACUUGGAUUAUUGAGAUGCAGAAAUCUGCAACUGAAUCAAUAAUGCGUUUGCCCGUUUAGAUAUCAAGGGCCAUGAUUUGGUUCCAAAUUACAGGACUAACCUUAUGACCCCCAAUAGAUAAAUAUUUGGUUUACUAUAGAAGUUUUUUUGGUCUUAAUAAAUAUUUUAAAAGUUUUUAACGGCA